AUGGCACCAAAAGCAAUCAUUGCCCCGUCAAUUCUUGCCUCCGACUUCGGAAAUCUCUCGUCAGAAUGCUCCAACGUGAUCAAAGAGCACGGUGCAGACUGGCUCCACAUUGAUAUCAUGGACGGACAUUUCGUGCCCAACAUUACAAUUGGGGCACCGGUUGUGACAUGUAUUAGAGGAAGCGUUGAGAGAAGUGCGGACUGGAGCAAAGGUGUUUUCGACUGCCAUAUGAUGGUUGCUGAGCCACAAAAGUGGCUUGAGGACUUCAAGAAAGCUGGCUGCGACCUCUACUGCUUCCACUAUGAAGCCGUAGUCACCUCGAAGGACCCCGCGGUGUCGCCGUCACAGCUUAUUAAGAACAUCCAUGCCCUCGGGAUGAAGGCUGGUGUUGCGAUUAAGCCUGACACCCCCGCAGAUGUGGUUUACCCAUUGUUGGAUGGUGAUAUCGAGAAGCCUGAUAUGGUGCUGGUGAUGACCGUGGAGCCCGGUUUCGGCGGACAGAAGUUCCAGGCACGCUGCAUGCCUAAGGUUGCUGCUCUGCGCGAGAGGUACCCGGAGUUGGAUAUCGAGGUUGAUGGUGGGCUUGGUCUGGGCACAAUUGACCAGGCUGCGGAGGCAGGCGCAAACGUGAUCGUGGCUGGGACUGCGGUGUUUGGAGCUGAGAGCCCAGGGGAGGUUGUCAAGAGGUUGAGAGAGACUGUAGAGAAGAACCUGUCAAGAUAA